AUGUCAAAUAUACUCAUUACAGGUUGUUCUCGCGGCCUCGGCUUGGAGCUGGUGAAGCAGCGCUCAGCGCGUGCAAGCAAAGAAGGAGGGCUUGUUAUUGCAACGGCACGAAGCCUCUCCCAAGAACUAAACGAAGUAAUAUCCCAGUCCAAUGGCUCUGCGGUGUUUGUUUCUUUAGAUGUCACAAAUAGGCCAAAUAUCGCAGAGUCAGUAGAGGAAGUUCGUCGAGCGUUGAAGGGAUAUAGCUUGGAUAUCCUCAUCAAUUGCGCGGGUGUCUUCGGCAUUACCGAUGCAAAACUAGCACUCAUCGUUGAACGCCUUGACUGUGCAAUAUGCACUUGGCUCAAAACCGAUAUGGGCGGCGAGGAUGCCGAUCUCGCUGUCUCCCAGGGGGCAGAGGCGGUUUUGAACGUUGUAGAUUCCAUCACUCAUGAGGAUAACGGCCGACUCAAAAAUAUUCUCGUUCCUGGCUGGGAUGCUUACAGUGGACAGGAUCUGCCAUGGUACGCUGAUCAAUUCUGCAGUGACUCUGUUCCAGAAUUUUCCGUUCUCGAGUUCCAUCGGUCGCCACGUCCAAGGCAGAUGCGUCCCGGCGGAGUUGGCAUAUCUCCAGCUACCACCCCAAACUCGGCCGCAGAUGCCGACGAUUCCAAUUAUCAUGCAAUUCAAGCAAAAGACAUCAUAGAGCUUGAGCUCGAUGAUUCCAGGUUUAUCAGCCAUGAACGACAGGUUGUUCUUAGGUCUGCCCUCCAGCUGGUGAAUGAAAUUGCUGAGAGGAAGCGUCGUCAGUCGGGGACAUUUAUGGAGGAUGGGUCGCCUGAAGCUCCUACUAUCCCUGUUCCCGAGGUGCCCCCUCGAGAGCUGUUGUUCAUGCUACUUCGCGGAUCAUCAGAGUCACUCCGCUCUCAGUGGCCAGAUCAUAUAUCAGACACUGCAUGUGAAAGAAUGGCCACUGCUUUACUACAAGGAGAUCUUGAACCACAUGAGCAACUGUUUCAUCAGUAUUGCGUUUGUAUCUAUGUCAAGGGAAUCGUCCACUUGAACCAUAUCUCCCGAAUCACCGACAAUGUGGCUAUAAAGAAUCAGUUAUCUCAGUCUACAUCUGCCUAUACAACUGCCGCGCUUAAAAGCAUCAAAAAAUUUAAUAUUCUCGGCCGGCCAAAUCUGGCAAGUAUACAGUCUCUAAUCUCAAGCGCCCUACUCAUGCAAUAUGUUGGAAGACUCAACCAGUGCUGGGUUCUAAUGUCAUAUGCAGCUCGACAAAUCACUUCUCUCAAUUAUCACAGAAUCCGCAGGACACCUACAUCAACGACUGAAGAGCAAGAUAUUUGCAUGGCGGUUUACUGGUGCUAUUACCUUGAUAGAACCUUGAGCGCCCUUUUCGGUCGACCUCCAUCAUUGCCUGGCCUCCAAGUUUCACCCUCCGAUCUGAUCCCACUAGAUCCAUCCUCUUUAUAUGACACCAUGAUCCGCGUCAUACUUGAUCUUGCGCAGAUCCAGGGAGAACUCCACGAGAUAUCCAAUUGUGGCAACCGUGAAUCGAAAAGCGCGAUAUUGGAAACAUGCCGAGACCUCGAAUCGAGGAUGUCCAACAUACUUCCAAUACUACAAACUAAUCUACAUCGCCAUCGCCCUCCCACAAAGGUCUGGUGCGAUUGGCAUACUGCCGACUUCUGCUUCAACGCGAUAUUCGUCGAAAUCCUACGUACGCGUCUGAAAAGUUCAUUCAGCCCACUGGUGCACAAGAUAACACUCUUGUAUGCUGAGAACUCACUCAAAGCGUUUCUACUUCUCCUCGAGCGGCCAGAAGAGGUACCCGGGUCAGGGUUCGACGAUCCAUAUCCGUCCUUUCUAACAUGUCCCUUCUUCGUUGUCUUUUGCAACAUCAUCGGAACAUUAAACCACGAUGGCUAUGUAUGUAUGCAACGCAUCAUCGACAAACUUUCCGGGUUCAAACAAUACCCACACCUCGAGAGACUCUUGAAUCUUCUCCGGUCCCUACAAGGACUAUGCGACCCUCUGUUCCAAGAGCAAGCCGAAAACCACCUAGUCUCAGAAAACAGUUUCAGAGUCGAGGAUCCGUCCGGCUUGGCUGCAACAAAUCGCCAUGCAGCCAUUCCAUACACCUCCGCGAACAGGUCUGUCACUGAUCCACAAGAGAAUGAUACAAUGCCGCAGAGUGAACCCACGGGUUCGAAUAUUGAAAACGGCCCGUCGGCUGAUUGGCUUAUGUGGGAACUAUUCAACAGCCAAGUUCCUGCGGGCUGGAUCAACUCAGACUUUGAUCCUUUUAUUGCUGAAUGA